AUGGGAUCUCAGGCAAGGUACAAUAUGUUUAAGAUAUUCAGCCCGGAAGGACGGAUCAAGCAGCUUGAUUACAUUCAGCAGACAACAGAGCUUGGAAGCACAGUGAUGGGGCUGAGAAACGCAAGGGCCGGGGUGUUGAUAGCACACAAUGAAAAAAGGUCCAAGCUGGCUGAGGUGCAGAAGAAGGUGUUUAGGAUUGAUUCGAAGACAUUGUUUACGUUUUCUGGGAUAACAAAUGAUGGGAUGCAGAUUGUCGAUUACUUGAUUGAUGAGAGUGUCAAGGAGGAUGUUAUUAAAGGCAGAAAGCCGCAUUUCAUCAAUGUGUUUGAUGAGCUUCUCAAGGACACGUUUGAAAGAACAGUGAUUGAUGGAAGACGGCUUUAUGGAGUUGCGGGGCUGUACAUGACGGAAUAUGAGGGGACGAUCAAGCUGGUUGAAUUUAAUCCACAAGGAAGUGCUAAGGAGGUGCAUGGGAUGAGUAUAGGAUGCAGGUGCCAAUCGUCCAGAACGGUGUUGGAAGCGCACUGUGGAGAAUACGAAAGCAUGGGAGUUGAGGAGCUUGUACGGACAGGGAUAAUGGCGCUGAGGAACGCACAUCCCGACGAGGAUGCUCUCAAUAAUGAGAAUGUUGAAAUCUGGGUUAUUGAGGUUGGAAAGGAAGCAUAUACUGUUGAUUCUGGGAUGUUUUUAAACUGA